UCUUUCCUGGUCGCAGAGAAAACUCAUUACGACUUGCAUUCUAAAGAUUACGCGCAGUAACGACACGUGUGGACCAAUAUUUACAGUCUAUGGUGUAAACGUAGGAUUUUGAUGAAGAAAAUACACAGUAGCCUUACAUAGUCGACAUUUGAACUACUUUGAUUCAGUGUUCAAAUAUGUUCCCUCGUGACUUUGCGUGGGGAGCAGGAACUGCUGCGUAUCAAAUAGAAGGUGGCUGGCAGGCAGACAGCAAGGGACCAAGUAUCUGGGACACAUUUUGUCACGAGAAAGGCAAAGUGUUUGGGGACCAGAACGGAGAUGUUGCCUGUAACAGCUACGAGCUGUGGGAGAAGGACCUGGAGUGUAUCCGGAAGCUGGGACUAACGCACUAUCGCUUUUCGCUUUCCUGGUCCCGCCUCCUGCCUGAGGGGACCACACGACAUGUCAAUCAAAAAGGUGUGCAGUACUACAAUAAGGUGAUUGAUGAUUUGCUGGCCUGCAAUGUAUCACCUAUGGUCACUCUUUACCACUUUGACCUGCCUCAAGCUCUGCAGGACCAGGGUGGCUGGAAGUCCCCAAGUACAGCGAGCCUGUUUGACAGCUAUGCCAAAUUUUGCUUCCAAACGUUUGGUGACCGAGUCAAACUGUGGAUCACCAUCAACGAGCCUUAUGUUUGCGCCAAACUGGGCCAUGAAGAUGGCAUCCAUGCGCCAGGGUUAAAAGAACCUGGGACUACGGCCUACCUUGUUGGCCAUAACAUGUUGCGUGCCCAUGCCAUGGCUUGGCAAAGCUAUGACUCCCUAUACAGGUCGAAGCAAGGAGGUCAGGUUUCUCUGGCCAUCAACAGCGACUGGGUUGAACCAUUUAGCACAGAUUGCAAUGAGGAUAUCGCUGCCACUGAACGCUACCUCGCAUUCAGCCUCGGGUGGUUUGCUUGGCCUGUUUUUGUAACCGGAGAUUACCCAGAAAUAAUGAGAUCUGCCAUUGAUGCUCAAAGUAGGAAGUUGGGACACAAAGACAGCUCAAGACUGCCCAGUUUCUCCAAGGAUGAACCCUCCGUUUUGGGCACAGCUGACUUCUUUGCGUUGAACUACUAUACGUCUCGGAAGGUAAAGCCAGGAGGAGGCUGUGGAAGGAUGAUGUGCAUGAAGAGCGACAGGGAUGCAGCAGAAGUUUUGGAUCCGUCCUGGCCUAUUUGUGGUGUGUCCUGGCUUGCCGUGGUGCCUGAUGGUUUAAGGAAACUUCUUAAGUACAUCAAGGACACGUUCAACAAUCCAACAGUCUACAUUACGGAGAAUGGCUUCUCACAGCUCGGGCCGGUAGAAAUUGAAGAUGUUCAGCGUGCAGAAUUUUACAAGGACACCAUCUUGAAAGUUGCUGAAGCGAUACAGGAAGAUGGGGUCAGAGUCCGUGGAUAUUUUGCAUGGUCGCUGCUGGACAACUUUGAGUGGGCUGAUGGAUUCAGUGUUCGCUUUGGAUUGUUCCACGUGGACUUUGCUGAUGAAAUGCGAAGCCGAACCGUGUACCGGUCUGGACAGGAGUACGCGAAGAUGAUCUUGAAACACAAGCUGGGUAAGUGAAGAUGAGAAGAAGGGAGAAUAAAAGACGACCAAUAAAUAAGAAGUUUUUGAAGUGUCUUUUUUUUUUUUUGUUCCACUGAAUAAGAUGAAACCAAAACCGACAAGGCCUCCGCUUUUCUUUCACUGAAGAACAAUAAGUUACUCGGCUACUUUCUCUGCCUGGCUUUAACUCCAACAAAUGGGCUUGGUUGCCUUAUUUAGAAAAUUUGACUUCAGCAGGGCGAAGUGAGGACAUGAGCGCAGAGUUGUUUCAAUGGAAUCCAAAUUAGUAUUCUGUCCUGCUGAGCUCCCAGUCAGACUGCUCAAGAGGUUUAUGAAGAGGGGGGACUUCCUCACAGCUGUAAGACCAAGCUGUUAGAGCCACCUCUCGAGGCUGCACAAGGAUAUGUAUACAUGCUUUGUAUUUGUACAGAAUAAAGGGCAAAAUGCAUGGUGGUUUCAGCCUGAAUAGAAGCAUUGUAAUGUGCCUGUGUACUUGCAUGCAAUCUACCAGUGUAGGUGUCAUGUGACGCGCUACUGCUGUCCAUCGACGAUUUCUAAGAGCUUAUCGUCUCCUUAAAUCUUCCUGUGAGAGUCGGAUGAAUGUGUCUUUGAUACACAGCUACCAUGACGGGCUUGAAAAACACACACACACAGUAUAAUACCUUGCAUUGUGCUCUGGAGGUUUUAUGUUGACUGGAGGGUUCAAAUCUGUCAAUGUAGUGAUGCAGAGAGUAAUCCAGGGGAAAAGUCGAUGCCUACACAUGGUCUGCAGGGAUAAAACUUUCACUUAGUAAGGACAAAGACGUGUGAUAAAUGAAGACACACAUGGUUAAGAAUAAAAAAAAAAGGUGCCUCAGAUGUAUUUGGAAUAAAGGUUCUGAUCAAAACAGUUACAUGGCUUCUUUGUAAAUGUUAACA